ACCCAUCACAACAUCAAAACAAAAAGAUGGCUGACCGAAUUUGUAACGCGGAUUACUCGCACAAAGCAAGGCCGAUAUAUUUAACAUCGCCUGCGUUAAGCCAACUUUAAAUUAAUAUAAUCAAGUAUGACCUUCCGCCACUUUCACUGGUUGAUUUUGGGGAUUGCUUUCUUGAUUGAAAGUGGGCAAAUGAAAGAUGUUUUUGGAAUGCCUUGGAGACUGUUCAUGGGCGGAAGUAAUCUGUGCUUCGAUUUUGGAUCGUCGCCCGGACCACAGGAAAUACACCGUGAAUACAUUGCUUAUGAAGUUCUUUUCAGCGAUGAGACAUCUUUGAUUGCUAAUACCAGUUACUGCAAUCUCGAUGUCUGGAUUGAUGGCUCGAAAGGGAUAUUAUUGCAUGGAAGAGAUAAAGGAUCGUUCCACAAAAUCGACGCUCGCUUGAAAAUUGAGAAUCCGGAAUUCUUUAAGGUAAUGAAAGUCAGAUGCAUGAUUCCUUCUUUCCUUACUUGUCGUGGUCACACAAAAAGUGCCUUUCAGCGACACUGCAUCUAACCGAGUUAAUCGCGAUUAACUACUAUCACUUCUAAUUGAAUUAACUCGCCCAUGGAGAAAAAUUCCGGGAAAAAAUGCAUUCCAUUGUUUUAUUCGAUUGUCUGUUUGCAUUUUUGUUUGUGAUAGAAGUAUGUACUUAAGUAUUCUGUCGUGUCGGGAGUGCUGUAGCAUAGAGAUCAUAUUUCAAUUUUUUUUGUAUUCCCAGAUCUAUAUCAACAGAGAACUUCAAGCGUGGUUCGAUCAUCGAUCACGCGUGAAUCUGACCAUGCUGAUUUCAUGUCCCAACCGGAAGUUAAUGCGUUGCAUUCAGUUUCAAGAAGGAAAAGGUAAGUUUUCAAGAAAUAUUUAAAUAGCUUAUUUUGGUAGUUAUAGGAAAAUGAAAGUGUUUAAUGUUUGAAUUGUGCACAAAUGAUUUUUACAGCGUCUCUCACUGAUACAUCUCCAUAUCACUUUUUUAUCAAAUGCAUGCUGCAUCAAGCAAAAAUAAUGUUACAUCGUACUUUCAUAAUAAGUAAGAAAAUGUCUUAAAAUAACUAGGUGAAAAUAAAAAAAAAACAUUAUAACCUCUCAGAAUUGUCACAUUAUUUCACAUAGGUUUUGAGAAAAAAUAGUGAUCAGCAAGGUCCUAUCCAGGAAUCCAUGAGAAAAACUUAAAGUAAAAUCACAGGGGGCCCACACAAUGUGUUUAAGUAGCUGAUUGUUAUUAUAUAGUAAAUGUACUGGAUUUACCGUUUGCUUCACCUAUAGCGAUAUAUAUAUGUAUAUAAAUCAAUGAUAAAUAAACGUUGAAUUACCUUGCCUGUGGUCUAUAGUCGUCCUUUUGCCUCAAAAGCGGUUUUUUGAGCGAUUUUGAAUGAAUUUAAGUUCGCCAUUGACUGUUCCAUAAUAGAAGGACAAGGGAGGAAUCCUUGUUUUGAAAGGGUUCCAGCACCGGAGCGAUUUUUCCCCCCAAAAUCGCAUCGCUCCGCUUUCAAACUUCGCAGCAUAAAGGUCAAGAGAUUCACGAUUCUUCUCGUACCUUCCAAUCGAAAAUCCAUCCAAACGGCCCAUAGCUAGCCCUCGAAGAAAAUCAAAAUCCCACAGUAUUCGAGCGACUGGAAUGCGUAGCAAGAUUCAUACGUGCCAGCCACAAACCGUCCCACUGAUUGCCUUUUUUUUUAUUGGAUGUCGUUAAACAAAUGGUUAAAUUUAACUGAUGCAGAAGACUUGGUAAGCGUUUGUUGUUUAACGACAUCCAAUCAAAACAGGAAAUCAGCGGGACGGUAAAAUCACUCCGGUGCUGGAACCCUUUCAAAACAAGGAUUCCUCCCUUGUCCUUCUAUUAUGGAACAGUCAAUGGCGAACUUAAAUUCAUUCAAAUUCAUUCAUUCUGGGAGAAAGACCCCACUCAACCCCCCCACCCCUACGAGGCUCGUGCACGGCUUCGGCACUGGCAAUAAUGUCCUGCCCAUACAAAAAACCUAGCUACAGCCCUGAGUUUUUAACAGAGAACAUAACACAUGCCCAUUUUUCAUAACUGAUUCUUUUCUUUUUAGAGCUGUUACCUCUGCAAAGAAGACUGUUGAGUGUGGGUACUGAUGACCUGUACUUGCACAGGAAUCCCAAUAAAGGCCCACAACCACUGCAAACAGUCAUCAUGUUGAUUGCAGGAGUUGUGCUCCUUGUUAUAGCUGGAAGCCUGUGCUCUGUUUGUAACAAAGACCGGGAUAACCUAUCCGAGUGAGUACCGUUGCUUCACUACCUGGACGUAUAAAACAUAACAGUAAAAUCCGAUGUUUGUCUAUGGCACUUGUGACUAGUACUUAUUUUUACCACCACUGUCCAUACGUUUUAAAAAUGUCAAGUGAUCUUCUUUUUCUUUUCACUGGUACCUUAUUUCUUGGAAUUGUUUUCUUAUUGACUAUAGAUCAGGGAAAAGAGCUCAAAUAUUAUCAUAUCAUGAACGCUUGCCAAGUCAGUAUGAGGUAGGUAUUGGAGAAUGUGUAACAUACAAAUGAAAAGUAGGAUAAACUAAUGAAAAAAAUAAAGUGAGUGAAAAGUAGAGUAGCAACUUUUGCUUAUCAAAAGAGAUUCAUCUUGUGGGAAAACAAAAUGUGUUAAAUGGAUUGGUUGAAAAUGAGGUUGUUCAGUUUUUUGUCAGUCUUCGUAUCUCUUGGUAGACCCCAUCACUCAAGGAGGACAAAGGGUAAUGACGGUGACAUGGUACGUCAUUCUUCCUUCCAAAUUCGUGGAGAAAAUCUAAUCUUUCUUAAAAGAGCAAUUUGUUUCUGAAUUUAUGGCUUGCACAGUCUAACACCAAAAUUUACCAACAAAUAUAGCUUACGUUAGGGCCUAAAAAGUUGUUGGGGUGGGUAAAAAUUGCUUUCCUACCCAUCCUUCUGUACAUCGUCGACGCCGAGGCGAGCCACAGUGAAUAAACGUUUUAAGACGUUGGUUAAGGUGGAGGUUUUCUUACAGCAAAUUUAGUCUUUGGAAUAACAGUUUGAUUUCUCGCGUGCUGAUUGGCCGAGAACUAUGGUCAAUAAGUCUACAGACCAUGGAAAUAACGUGAUGGUAGCGCAAUUAGAUUUUCUCCUUCAAGGGCGUGCGACUUUCCAAUAAAUUCAACGUAAGUGGACGCCAAAAACUAUCAAUGUUAUUUAAAAACAACAACAACAAAAAGACAAAAAUUUUAAGGACUGUACCCUUAUCGACCAUAGAAACGGCGUCAGAAUGUUGAAAACUCAAGUGGAAACGCGAGCCGUAGGCGGGUGGUUUCGCUGUAAAGUUUUGAACAUUUUGACCGCGUCAUUUCUAUGGUCGAUAACAGAAUAGACCAUGUAAAAUUGCUGUUUAUUUGUUAACUCUAAUGAUUUCUUAUGGCUUAGUAUCGUGGACUUAAAGUACUGUGUGGCGAAUUUUACGAUUUUACUUAAUGUUUAAAAAGAAAGGUGCUCGUGAUACAGUCUAACAUGACGGUUUUUAUGGUUGUUUCUCUUUUCUUUUGUAGUCAAUGCCACGAGAGCAAAAAGUUCAACAAGAAACAGUCUUGGAGACAAAUGAUGACGUAGUUGUUGAAAGGGCAGAAAGAAUUGAAUCUCUUAACGUAGAAAACCACGUUGCGCUGUAUGACGAGCUGACAGUAAGCGUUCAGCACGUAGCACCGCAAAGCGUGGAAGAUGAGACGUUCGAGGGGGUGAACCAUGUACCAGACAACGAGCACCAAGAGCAAAGAAGUGAACACAACGUUCAAAGUAGCGAAAAACACGUUCAAAGUAGCGAAAAGCACUUGUCAAGUAGUGAACAGAACGUGCAAAGUAGUGCACAGCACGUGUCAAGUAGUGAACAACACGCGCAAGGUAGCGUGCAGCACGUGCCAGGUGGUGCGCUAGGGAUACCGCCUAGUGUGCAAAGUAGUGUGCAACACGUGUCGUCGACGGCUGUGAAUCACAUGACCGAAGAUGAAAAGAAAAAGCGAAGUAGCAAACACGAACAUGAUCAAGAAGAGCAUAAAGGCAGAUUUUGGAAACGCACCCGCUCAUCCAAAAAAAGUGCAGCCAGCACUGAUACCAAGAGGACUUCAGAUACAGUUUUAAGAGCAGAAGAAGAACAAAAACAUCACGAUAGACGAUCAAAAAAAGGUUCUAAAGAACAUAAAGGCAAAGCAGGGAAACCGAACGAAAGAAAAAGUUCCUCAGAAAGCGAAGAAAGAAAACCUUCAGAUGAACACCGAACGGAGAGACCACGAGAGAAGACACCAACACUGGAUCGGCACUCACGAGGUCUUCCGACACCACCACUACCACCUGCCCCACCGGGCUCACAUGGGCAUACCCUUCCAGACCGACCCCUCCCCGAAAGGCAGAGUUCUGCCCCGGAUGGUACUGGGUUGGAAGAAGAUAACAACUAUGAAAUAGUAGAAAAACGAAAAACGAGAUCCGUGGAGAAUAUCGACCUUGCAACCGAUGAAAAGUACGAUGCUGUUCGGAUUGAAGUCGAAAAGCCCCGCACUGUUCGUUCCGCUGUCGAAUCGAUCAACGUGGAGCGCCCCGACAGUUGGAGGGGUAGUGACAUUUACGAAAUCGUCGAGGAAACAAGCCAGGCUGAAGAUCUGUACGACGAAGUUGAAAACAAUAAGAAAGAGAACAGCGAGAAGGACGAAGACGAGGAUCCUGAGGAUCCUUAUUCGCGAAUUAAAAAGCUGAAAGAAAUGGAAGUUUUGGAGAACUUAGAACUCUACGAGGAAGUCGAUACAAAGCCGGAAAUUGAAGUGACAAGCCCCGAUCAAGUAGUAGUAAACAUUGAUAAGGAAUCGAUUCGUAAUCGCUGUAAGAGCGAUACAGCUGGCCUUCAGAAACCUAGUAACGAGUUUAUCAGACGGUGUCACACAAUCGACGUGGUGCGGGAGAGACAAGGCGUGGAUGCAUCCUCAGAAGGCAAGGUUUCAAAUGCGUUAGUGGAUUAUCUUUACGCUAAGGUGGAUCUCAGUAAGAAAAAGAAGAGACUUGCAGAGAGUCACACUGGAGAGGAAUGGAGCGAUGACAACCCCCCUCCCCUCCCCCCAGUUUAUAUUUCAUCUAAGCAAAUUCAGAUCGAGAUGGGAACAGUUGAAGGUAAGUGAGUAAAUAAACGACCUGAUUUGAUUCUUUCAUGACUUGUUAUACUGUUACUACAUGUGUAAUCAGUGAUGGAUCUAUACCUUCAGAUAAGGGGGGAGGGGGGGGGGGAAUUCAUCCAGACCCUGAGUCCUGAGAUAAGGGGGGGGCUGGGCGGUCUCAAAAAAAUUUGGUCAAAAAAAAAAGAUUGGGGGGGUGGCGAGACCCAGGCCCUACCUCAGGAUCCGCCACUGCUAUAUCGUUACUCUGGGUUCGUUGUCAAGUUCGACGUUCCAGGCUCUGUGGGCCUCGAUCGGUCCUCGCCACUGAGUUUUUUUUCCCUUUGGCUUUCCGUCGACUUCAAUGGAACUCAACACGCGGGCAAGAAAACACAAAUGAAAAAAAAAUUGAAUCGUCCUUUUGUUUUCAAGUGCUCUAUAAAGGUGAAAUUAGGACGAUUCGCUUUGUACUCGUGGAGUGCUGGCAAAGAAAUAUUUUUUUCACGUGCACGUUAUGCACGUGCAGUGUUGCUGUUUUGCUGAUCUAAGGUUACGUCCACUCUAAUCAGGAUAUUUUUGAAACCGUACAUUUUUUUUCACUCGAAUGGGUCUGUUCGUCUUCCCGAAACCAGUGAAUUUGCUCACGGAAACCCCAUUUUUUGAAACCGCUUUCCAGAUAAGUUAAAGGCUCCGUUCAUACGAAUGUGGCAAAAAAAUAAAUGUCGGAAUCGCUUGCAUGGGACUUAAACCUAUUGUUUUUUUUUUCUGUUCGUCGCCAUUGCUUAAGCUUCCUAUUAUUCCAGUCUCAUUUCUGGCAACCGUAUUCCACAAAUAAAAUCAAUGUAGCUCUUCUUUACUCGUAUAACCGUCUACUUCUAAUGCGAGCACACACAAUGAAACUCAUACCUCUAUGGUCGUCAACAGGUGCUGAAGACAGCCUGUACGAUGAAGUUGCGCCGAGUUCAAGUGAUAAUACGCCUCUUUUGAAUAACGACUUAUCUGUACCUGAUACUAGUGCAGAUGAGGACAAAAGAUUAUCGGCCGCUUCCGGCUACUACGAACUUGUUGAAGUCAAACACGAGGUUCCUACGGUUGAUGGUAAUUAUACAGGGAUUGUGGAUGAGGGGCCUAGGCCCAAAUCGAACAGUAGUGGUCGAGCGGAACCUGUGCACGUGGACAGCAGCAGCACGCUUGCGUGCGCUUCAUCUGCGGUAAUCGAUUGUAAUGGAACGGUGGAAGGAGAAGACGAAGACGGCGCACCACAUUACGAGAUAGUAACGCCGCGAAGGACAGAGAAAAAAGUGUCCAAAACAACGCACGUAGCAUGGAUUUGAUGUAGUAUUGGAGUGCUGCUGAAAACUCUACAAAGAUUAGAAUUCAUGUUGUCAGGAGUUUGUGAUCUGGAGCGCUCGCCGUAUCACAGACUUUCAAUUUAUAAAACUUUUACACUUCUUUACUCUUACCAGCUGCUGCUAGAAGUCCUACUCUGCUCUUAUUGGCUGGGAGUUUUUUUUGGCGCGAGAAAUGAAUCUAUUAAUAGUCUGAAAGCAUGACACUCUGCAGUGACCACGACUUUACAAGAGAGAUAGAGGUUCCAGGGUGAAAAACUGUUCUUGUUGAUCUGAACCACGUAAUACAGACUCAUUUGGGUACUGCUGUUAAUAUCUGACUAGUCAGAAAUAGUCCAGUCCAUUAUAUUACCAAAACGCGCAGUACGUGCCGAGUGUGCUCUUUUGUGAAAAAAUAGAGACCUAAGUGUGCACCGUUUCCGUGUACGGGAACGGGCAAGUUACCCGUACUCUUAGCCGUAAAUACGGGUAGACUGCCUCUUACCCCGGAGAAACGGCUAGGUUACGGGGCAGAACGGUGAUGCCAUUAUCACAUCUGGGAAGUCAUCAUGGUCGCCUUUUGUAUAAACUGCGUGGCAAACAUGUUCGCCUACCUGACCCGUAGGCAGAAACGGUGUAUCUUAAGGUCCCUAAUGCAUGCGUACGGUUUGGCGCAAAUAGUGGGGUAUUCCGUUAAGGGGGAUCACGUUGGCCUCGAUUUUUAAGCGCUCUCUAAAUCGCUUACGAAGUCUGCUCUUCUUUAAUUUACAUAAUUCAGUAAUGCACUCAGCGAUGUUUUCUUUUUCCUUAAUCAACGUCCGUAUUGUCUUUUACAUUUUUCGAAAGUAACAAGGCUGGAAUUUAUAUAUAUGAAAUGAAUGUUAAAAAGGGAAAGUAAAAUUAUUGUUAGAGGCUCUAGAAGCGCUUUUCCAGAUGACGGUGAUAACGAUUCCUAAACGUCUUUUGGGCUCGUGACAAAAAUCACAUCACAACACUCGUCACGGAAGAUUACGUGAUAUCUCUAAAUGCGCCUUUAAAAGUGGCGUACAAAUUAAUGCAUUAUUCGCGAAACUGAGGGUGUUCUUUUUUGUAUGAAGAAUUUCUAUUUAUAUAAAAUAUACUGCAAAUAUUACUCAAAUUUAUAAAACUCAUUAAGUAACCUUAAGGUGUAGCGAGAUGUAAAGAAGGUUUUUUUUAUAUACUCUGGAUCAUAAUAAGCUUGUGCCUGCGAUGGUUGGCGCAUUUAGCAGAGAAAACGCAACGUCAAUUGAGAACGCAAAAGCGCGCGAAAAGGAUUGAACGCGACUUGUAGUGCUCAAUUUGCCGCUGCGCCAUUGGUCAGUUGGGUUUUUAGAUCAGUUGUAUGGUCAGUUGAAUUUUAGAUCUACCUCUCUCGCCUCGUUGACUUUGCUAAACCCGAAAAUUUGCAACGUUAUCUGCUUAAAGGACAUGGGAGAGGUCCACACCCAGGCUUGCUAGAAGCUAAAAUCAGAAUUUGACUAGCAAUGAAAUUUCAGUUACCGACUCAUUUUUCUUUGAAUAAAGAGAAUGAAGUUCUUCUUUCUUGAAUUAAUAGGUAGCUGAUAAUUCUUGCAGGGUUUACGGUUUUCGAGUAAUCAUUGGCGUGGCACAAAAAAAAAUCGAAAAUAAAGUUUUCGCGCGAAGCGUUGGGUAUUGACUUGUUUCCAGUCGACUCCGGUCGAAAAACUAGAGGACCGCCUGGAGACAAGUUUAAUACAAGGUGUUCUUUCCCUUGACCGUUGGUUACCAACGCUGUGAAGCCGCUGGUGGAUUUCUAAACAGUCGGUUAAGGUUACGAAUCUAUUAAGUUGUGAGGGUUUUCCAGUGCUUCUUUUCUUCCAACGUUGUUAGCCCAGGUAGACAGAUCUUUGUCGUAUUUCUUCAUUGUAAUACGCGCAGCAUUCUUGAGUCGUUGUACGAAAACCUAGCUUCUGAAUAUUGAAAGUAUACAGCACAGUAAAUUUCAAUCUGAUAUACCAUUCGUUCAAUGUGGUAUUAAAUGUCGGCUCUAACACUCUUACCACCCGAGCCUAAAUUUGCAUUUUGUGGUGGCUUCAGGGUUCCUACAGAGUCUUGAAUUCUUGAAAAAAUCUUGAAAUUUGCCCAACAAUUUUCAAGACCUAGAGAAAGUCUGGAGAAUAGAGAUAAAGUCUGGAAAAAAUGGCAAAAAGCCUUGAG